AUGUCAAAAGUAAUAUUCACACCAUGGAAAGAACAGUCGGAAUUACACUCGGUGCGGGAUCACUUCUACCCUCCGCUGACGUUCGAUGGACCGGACAUGCGGUCUAGAGCCUGCGCUACGGUUGCGGCUUGGAAGUUGAGGGGCAAUUUGCCCCAUCCUGUGGAGGCUACGGCUUUGCUAACGGAUGCUAUUUUGCAUGAUGAUGCGAAGAAAAACUCGAUAUUUUCGAUACGGGCGACGUAUUCGGCGGCGUUUUGUCGGUUCGUAACGGGUCUCGUAGACUCCAAACUCCACGGUCAACGCAAGACUAUGUUCCAGCGUGCUCUUGACCUAGGCCUACCUGCCUCAUUCGUCGAGUUGCGACAUGAAGCAACUCACCGUGAACUGCCGUCGUUGACGGUCCUCCGGAAUGCCGCGCAACGGUCUCUCGAAUGGCUCUGGGAUUACUACUGGGCCAAGAUUGAUCUGAGCGCCGGUUUUGUACCGGACCGUGCCGACGAUGAUAUCGAGCCUGUUAAAACUGCUGUCAGGGCUUGUCUGGCACAAGUGACGGGUGAGACAGGUGCGUCGGAACCGCCGCGGAAGAAGAGGAGAGUCCAGGUUUUGUCUGGUGUUGCAACGCAGUUGGUCUCAGUGUGUAACAGCUCUGCAAAGGGAACUGCUGCUGUUUCGGGGGUUUUGGUAGAGGAUGAGGUCUUGGUUUCUGGAGGGAGGAAGCUUGGAACAUCUUUGGAUGAUGAGUUUUCCAGGUGGGAUUAUUUCUUGCAGGCCAUCGUUGAGGGAUUUCCUGCUUUCUUGACGGCGCUCGUGGAGGCUAUGGUCGAUGUGCUGGCGUUUGCUAGAUCGGCUACGAAGGAGGAUGCUCGUUGUGAAGGAGUUUAUAUGUGGCUGGACCAUAUUUUAUGCUCGUCACAGUGGGCGUCUAAGAGGCGUUUGCUCUCGUUAGCCUAUGCCCUCUCUGCAUGUGAGCAGAACGCAAAUCACUGGACAGAUAUGCUCAAGGAGAGGAUACAAGAUGCGGACAAUGGCUUGUCUGGUAGUCCUGGGGGUCAAAAGCGAUCUGGAAAGGAUACGAAUACACCCCAAAGUUUACACACAGGGACAAGUCAUGAUUUGGAUAGCCUAAAGGACAUGGGAUGGGAGGUGGUAGAUACAUGGGAUAGUCGACCGUUAGGUAUAGUCUAA